GACAGCUCACCUGCUCUCUCAGGUGACAGCCUCGCACUCUUCACCCCUCCCUACAGCCCCGCCUCCUCCUCCUGCUCCUCUCUGCAGCAGGAGGAGCUCAGCCGUGACCUCCUGAUGGACGUGCACGGGUACACAGAUCAGCUGCUGUCCUCCCCUGAGUGCUCCUUCCCAGAGGCGGCAGCGUUCACCUGUCACCACUCACCCUCGGCCCCCCCGCCUUCAGCCGCUGAACAAACCUUCGAGCAGGCAGCCUUCGUCGCCCUCGCUCCUCUCUCCUCCUCAUCAUCGCCGACAUUUGAUUUCCAAACUUGUGCAUCAGAUGUUCGCUUAGUCCCAGACUGCCUGUCUCUGUCUGACAUGUGUGAGAGCUCAGUGGACUGUGCUCUGCAUCAAGAGGACCUCCUCCAGCAGCCACAAGGGGGCAGCCACGUGCACAUGCAGCAUGUUCCCCGACCUGUGCUGCCGUUACACUCCAGUCUUCUCACCCCCAACCAGUCUCCCUCCUCUUCAGAGUGUGACUUCAGUGAGAGGGAGCAGGUGGAGAUCAGCAUCCUGGCCCAGCAGAUCUCCUCUCUGGCGAGCAGCUUUGCAGCGUCUCACUCGCUGAACCCGCUUCAAAACACGGCCAAACCUACAACCGCCUGCGACUGGCCUCCUCCUCCACCUCCUCCCGCCGCUCCCCUUCCUCUGAAGCACGAGCAGGUCCUCGACGAUUGCUUGUUCGAAAGCAUCCUCAAAGACCUGAACAUGGCCAACCCAGGUUUCAUUUCCCCCAGCUACCAGCCGGGUCUGUUGUGCAGCAGGAGAGAGUCCAAUCAGCUGGAGGAGCAGCUCCUCGAUGUCCCCCCGACCCUCCGAGAGGAGCUGCUGCCUGCUGAGACGUUCAUGGAUCCCUUCAGUUUGCAGCUGGGACGCCAUGACGCAAACACUGAGUUGCAUCAACUCAACCACUACAUGCAGAGAGUCCUUCAGCAAGACGCCCUCGCUGAAGAAAACCUGUACUGAAAUAAGUCUGUGACUUACUGUACCUCCUCUUGUAUGACAUAUUGUCAGAGAAAAUCUGCCUUCACUGGAUUUAAAGAAGAAGAGAAAAGACAUUUAAAGGACAUUUAUACUGACUCAAUGUUUCCCCUAAAGAGUUCUCUCAGAGGGUAGAAAAGAAUCGAAAGUAGAUUAUGUUCUCUUCUUCUUCUUCUUCUGCUUCAGGCUGCAGCUUUGUCUCCAUCUCUCCAAACUGCUGUCAGCUGCUUUUAGUUUGUGCUGAUGUCUUAUUUUUUUAUGAAAAGGGUACUUUUUUUAAAAACUGUGUGCCACCGCUGGAAUAGGAGUUUAUUUUUCUUUGAUACUAAAUGACCACAGUUCACUUCUGAGCACUUUAUCAAUGUCACUGCCCAAAGGAUUGUUGAAAUGAAAAGUUGUGUUGUUUAAAGUGAAACUGUCUGAAAACAGAGCGACCUGAAGAUGCUUUCAAGGAGCAAUGUGUAAGAUAUUUACUAUAAUGAUAAAGUGACCUUACUAUAUGAUCAGACAUUAAGGAAACAUGCUAUGUUGAAGUGCUGGCUUCUCUGACAACAAUGCAGCAUCCAGUAUGUCCUCCUUCUAACUUUAGAUUCUGCUCCUGAAUGCUCUGGAUUUGUUUGGACCAGAGAAGGUAGGCGGUUUUAAGACACCCCCACACGGCCGUUUUGGACGCCCCUCAGUUUGCCAGAUAUGAGAGCAGUUAUCAGGUCAACAGGUGUUGCAGCGAUGGAAGCGGGCAAGAGAAGUGGUUCAGAUAGAAGUGAUUGUACCCGACCUAAAAAGCCUCUGCAUGUUUCUAAUAAGCUCCACGAGCAGAAACGUGCUCAAACUAGGAUCAAUAUUGGAGAUGUUUUUGAAAAAUGGAGAGAGGUUAGAACACAGAAAGGUUUACAGACCGAUGCAGAGCUGGAUAAACACUGAAGCUUCAGUGUCCACCACAUGACAACCUGUGUGAGCAUCGACUCUAGAGAGGAGGGGGGGAGACAGAUCUCUAUAAUGUGUUGAGUUGGGCUGCAGUACCCAUUUUAAACACUAGGGGUCAGAGUUACAUACUGCUCCUUUAAGACAUAAAUCAUUCCUUCUUACUUGUUUUUGUGCCUUUAAAACAUGUCGGUAAGACUUUUAUCAGUCUGCAGGAUUCAUUUGAUCCUUUUAUUUUGUUUUUUCUAAAUGUGUCGAUGAAGCUAACACCACACAGGGAGAUAAUAAUGAUUGUAACCUCGACAUCUACCUCAGUGGUUCACUAAAACACAUUCCACGUCUGAACUUCAUUCCAGUGUGAUUCUUAUUGUAUUUAUUUUUAGACGACUCACUUAAUAGUCUUUAAAAUGUCCUGAAAUUGUGUUUUCAAUCAUUCCUCAUGUUUGUGUUUGUCUCUCAUGGUACUGGAACUGUAAAUGUUUUUUUUAUGUUUCACCUUCAAUCAGCUUUAAAAUGUGAAUAAAACUGAUUUUUUUAAA